UCGCACUGGAAUAAGUUGAACAUCCCUUUAUCUCUGGAUACGGGUUUGAUCAAGGAACAAAAAAAUUUAAAUUACUAUUUUGGUGAAUAUUAAAUGUGGGAAUGUUUGUAUUACUUUCAAAAUUGUGUUUUGGGGUGAAAAUUAGCAAAGAUGAAAUUGGGAAUUUUACUUUUCAUGUUUACCAUGCCUUAUUUACAUCUGCAUAUAAAUGAAGCCAUCAAAUUCUAUCGAAAAGUAAACGGAAUUAUUUUUAAAUGAUUUCGUUAUUAUAUUUUUAUUAUAAAAAGUUUUCUGAUAAAAUAUAUAAAUUUGCUCAACUCUAAUUAAAUGAUGUAAAUAUGUGCUUACAAGUGUUCAAAGUUCACCUAACGUUACAGUAUGGGAGUUUGUUUACCAUCUUCCCUUUGCAACAUUUACUAUAAAGAUUUGUAUCAACUUUUGAUUGUGUAUUAAUCCAGAUGUUGAAAUGAUAUCAUCGUCAGGUACCAAUGCAAUUAAAAUGUUCCAGAGAACACAAUUCCUGAGAACUACGUUCAUAAAAAGGCACAUUUCAUCAGCCCCUACAACGCUUAAAGAUACAAAUUACAUCACAAAACAUUUUGAAGAAAUCUCUAUUCCAGUUCCCUGGGGUCAUCUUAAGGGCAAAUGGUUUGGAACCAAAAAUGUUAGGCCCAUACUUGGAUUGCAUGGAUGGCAGGACAAUGCUGGUACAUACGACACAUUGGCGCCACUGUUACCUAAUCAUCUCGGAUUUCUUUCAAUUGAUUUACCCGGUCAUGGGCAUUCCUCGUGGUUGCCUUUGGGAAUUUCUUAUCACUCUAUUGAUUACGUAUCGUUAUUGUUGCGAGUAAUGGAUUACUUUCAAUGGGGCAAAAUCUCAAUGAUUUGUCAUUCUAUGAGUUCUAUAAAUGGAUUUGUAUUUAGCGCCCUCUUUCCAGAAAAGGUUGAUAUGAUGGUUGGGUUGGAUGUUCUAAAGCCACUAGCACGGACUAGUGAAAUAUUAAUAGAUAAUUAUAAACGUAGUAUGAAAAGUAUAAUUUUACAUGAAAACCGUAUAAAAAGUUCAGAGCCACCUUGUUACGAUUGGGAUGAAUUGGUUGAGCGUUUAUAUAACGGUACAAACAAAUCUGUUGAAAGGGAAGCAUGUAAGUUUUUGUUAGAGCGAGCAGUUCGACCUUCUAAAAAUAAUCCUCAAAAGUAUUACUUUGCACGAGAUAGUAGAUUAAAAAUAUCGUAUUUUUAUAGUUUUGAUGAAGAUGUACUAUUAAAAAUGGCCCGCAAUAUAAAUUGUCCCUAUAUGUUUAUUAAAGCAUUACCAUCCCCCUAUUUCGAACCACGCCAACAUUUUGAUAAAACUUUGGAGAUUAUGAAACAAAAUCCUCAUUUUGAGUUCUAUGAAGUGGAAGGAUCACAUCACGUUCAUUUAAAUGAUCCAAAUAAAAUUUCUCCAAUGAUAAAUACCUUCAUCCAUAAAUGGCGUCCGUCUUAAAUAUAGAAAAAAUUAUGAACAAUAAUUCUUCCGUCUCUCAUAAUAUCAUAUACAUUAUAUAUAUAUGUAUAUAUAAAUAUCAAAUACUACUUAACGGAUCAUUAUGAAACUACUUAUGUAAAUUAGACACAAGUGAUUUAAUGCGAGCGAAGCUACACAUACAGCUGGUUUAUGAUAAAACAGUGCUGUGAAGUAUUAUAGAGAGAAUACAUACAUACAUACGCACACGGGUAAAAAUAUUUUUUUUUUUUUCAUUAUUUUGAAGGUAUUUUACAUUUCAAUCAAAAAUUAGGUCGCUUUAACUUAAUGCAUCCGAUAACUACUUGUCACCCGAAGAGUAAUUAUUUAAAUAAUUGAAAAAAAUAUGCUGCGUGAAAUCAGGGAACGUUGAUUGUUAUGAAAACGUUGAAAAAUUGUAAGCCUAUAAUUAUACAAUGUAAUAAAUCAAUAAAAUUGACAAACAACAAAAAAAUUUAUAUACAAUUUUAUAUGCUGAAAUGUUAAUUAAAGCAAUGAUAGACGACAGCUCCAAUUUGCAUUAGCGGGCUUAAUUUACAUCUACUUGCGCAUUUGACCCAUGUUAAUGCAUGU